GCGGAAAGAGGGCGGGUAGAUAGCGCGCGAGACAGCGGCGCCAUUUUGUUUGUUUUAGAGAAACUCUAACGCUAUCGUAGGAGGAGGGGAGGAGGAACAGAGGGGAAACCCGGGGUACAGUGGCCAAAUAAGGAAAGCUACGAUAGGAGCGUUUCUUUGUUUGGCGUCCCCCACCGCCUCACUUGUGAGAAGGUGCUGGGACGAUGUUCUACGCCCACUUUGUCCUCAGCAAACGUGGGCCGCUGGCCAAAAUCUGGCUGGCGGCCCACUGGGACAAGAAGCUGACCAAGGCACAUGUGUUUGAGUGCAACUUGGAGAGUAGUGUGGAGAGCAUCAUCUCGCCAAAGGUGAAAAUGGCUCUGCGCACAUCUGGUCACUUACUUCUGGGUGUUGUGCGGAUCUACCACAGAAAAGCCAAGUACCUACUUGCUGACUGCAAUGAAGCUUUCAUUAAGAUCAAAAUGGCCUUUCGUCCAGGUGUGGUGGAUCUGCCUGAGGAGAACCGUGAAGCUGCCUAUAAUGCCAUCACCUUACCUGAGGAGUUUCAUGACUUUGAUCAGCCACUUCCAGACCUGGAUGAUAUAGAUGUUGCCCAGCAGUUUACCCUGAAUCAAUCUCGUGUGGAGGAAAUCACUAUGCGAGAGGAGGUGGGCAACCUGAAUUUACUGCAAGAAAAUGACUUUGCUGAUUUUGGGAUGGACGAUCGAGAGAUGAUGCGGGAGGAGAGUGCGUUUGAGGUGGACAUCAUCCACGGAGCUUCUGCCUCCAACCUGCUGCUGGAACCAGAGUCUACCAGCGGUCAGAUGACAGAUAAAUCCAACCACCUGGAGUAUGACCAAUACAAAGACGACUUUGGAGACAACCCAAUGGAGAGCAGUGAGGGAGGCAUGCUGGUGGACAAGCUUUUAAGUAAUGAGGAUGGGGGUGGCAUUUUUGAUGACCCACCUGCCAUUGCCGAAAGUGUCAUGAUGCCACAGGAUCAUGGUGGAGAUGACGACGAUGAUUUCGACAACCUGUCCCCAGCAGGAGGUCCAGACAGUCCAGACUCUGGGCCUGUGGAGCAGCUUCCCACCAUGACAGACCAGACAGAGCAGACCACACUGGUGCACAAUGAGGAGGAGGCCUUCGCCCUUGAGCCUAUCGAUAUCACAGUGAAGGAGACCAAAGCUAAGAGAAAGAGGAAGUUGAUUGUGGACAGUGUAAAGGAACUGGACAGUAAGACCAUCCGGGCUCAGCUGAGUGACUACUCAGACAUUGUCACCACUCUGGACCUGGCUCCCCCGACUAAGAAGCUGAUGAUGUGGAAGGAGACAGGAGGGGUGGAGAAGCUCUUCUCCUUGCCUGCUCAGCCACUGUGGAAUAGCAGGCUCCUUAAGAUGUUCACACGGUGCCUGACUCCUCUCGUGCCAGAGGAACUGAGGAAGAGGAGGAAAGGUGGAGAGGCUGACAGCCUAGAUGAGUUUCUCAAAGAUCUGGAGAACCCAGAGGUGCCUAGAGAGGAGGCUCUGUCUCAGAGAGAUAUAAUUGAUCAGACCAUCCUUGAGGAGCCCAGUGUGUUGCAGGCCUCUGCCAUGGAGGGCAGUCGUACCACUCUGGACGAGUCAGUCAUGCCUCCUCCCUCCAGCCACCGUGGCCAGAAGCGCAAGGUCCAGGACACAGAGCCUACUCUUCCUAUGCUGGAGGAUGACCGCUCUUCUAUCGUGUCCACACGGCUCAACGUGCAGCAAGUAGAGCUCCCUCCAGAAGAGCCAGUUAAUAUUUCCCAGCUCAUCCCUGAGUUAGACCUACUUGGGGAAAAGAGCAAGGAGAAAAAGGAUGAUGAUGAAGAAGAAGAGGAGGAGGAGGGUCAAGGUGGAGACCUGGAUCAGGAGGAGAGGAGAUGGAAUAAGAGGACACAGCAGAUGCUACAUGGCCUGCAGAGGGUGCUUGCCAAGACAGGAGCAGAAUCAAUCAGCCUGCUAGACCUUUGCAAGAACAACAACAGGAAGCAGGCAGCAGCCAAGUUCUACAGCUUCCUAGUGCUGAAAAAGCAGCAGGCAGUGGACCUGACACAGGCCGAGCCUUACAGCGACAUCAUCGCCACUCCUGGUCCCAGAUUUCACAUCAUAUAAACUAUCACACCAUAUAGUCAAGUGACAUUACACUGGCAGGUUUUGUUCCUUGUGUGUGUGUGUGUGUGUGUGUGUGUGUGUGUGUGUGUGUGUGUGUGUGUGUGUGUGUGUGUGUGUGUGUAAAUGAUAUGUUACAUUUAUUUGCCCGUGUUUUAUGUAACGUAAAUGUGACAUCUAUGUCUCAAGUAGAAGAUGAGUUUUUAUGGAUCUUCUGAUGAGGUUUUGGAUCUUCUGUUUAAUAUAGAAUCAUGUUUCAGUUGCAUUGCAUAACUACAGAGUAAACAUGGUUUGUGGAUUUUAGCACUUGUAUGAAAGCUGAUAUUCGUUUUAUAAGAGGUUUCAGUCUCUGUCCUUAACUACUCAUGUUUUGUCAGAUAAUUUCUGAUUUACAUUUGUGAAUGAAUUAGGUCCACUCAUUUUGCAUGCUUCAUAUGGAGUGUCACCUGAUAUAUAAACGGUCUGUUUUUAUUGGACCACUAAUUUCACCGUUGUAUAAGCUAAGUGCUCUAUAACCAAAAUAAUAACAUUAAUUGACUAUGUACUGAAAAUUUUGUUUCUAGUGUAGAAACAAUACAAAUCUAAAUGCCCAUAUUUUUAUAUGGGUUUUUAAAAGAGAGGAAGUUUUUCUUCCUUCAGAAGUGGUCCUUGCCCCAGUGCUCACAGAGCAUGAAUGUUCUGAACAUGUAAACAAAGGGCAGCUUUAUAUUUGUCAUGUAGACAAAGCUGAAUGAGACUGAUAGAUAUUAACUGUGAUAUAUAUUAGAUUAAAUUAUAUAUUGAUAUUGUGCCAUUUGUUUGAAACAUGUUUUCCCUCAUCCAUUGUGCAGCAUUUGUUGUUGUCAUCUGUUGCAAGCCUUGUGUAGGAAAGGCUAGUAGGUCAUAAAUGUUACAGAAAUGGCAACUAUUCGUUUUUAUAUUUACCUUAUGUGAUCUAGGUAAUCAUGUCCUGUUACAGUACAUAUUUUAUUCAAACUUGCCUUUUAUUUAGGCGUAUUUGCUAGUAAGUUUCCAUUGUGCUUGUUUAUAUGGAAACUGUAGAAAACACUAAGUAUUACAGUCACACUUUGUUAUUGUUAUUAUUGCCUGUAGCCCUGAGCUGAUACAUAUGUGUUAUCUAAUUUUUGUAAUAAAAUGUUGGAAAGAAAA